AGGAUUCUGUACAUGUCACCGACAACCGUCGGUGUCGUUAACUAACCUGGUAUUACAAUUACAUGCUUUGAAAGAUACUAUGAAAAUUGUAGCCAUUUUAGACGCUCAGUUAUUGUUUGAUCGUUAUUCGUGUCAGUAGAUGUUUUGUAAAAUCGAUCAGUAGAUGUUUUGUAAAAAUGGAAAAAAUCGAAUAUCGUGCCGUGAUUAAAUUCUUGCAUUUGAAAGGCAAUACGCCUACGCAAAUUAAAGCCGAGUUAGACGCUAUUUACGAGGACUCUGCUCCAUCAUUUGCCACCGUGAAAAGAUGGGCAGCUGAAUUUAAACGUGGUCGUACCAGCUUGGCUGAUGAUGAGCGUUCAGGACGGCCAACAACUGCGACCAUUGCCGAUAAUAUUGAAAGAAUUCACCAAAUGAUACUGGAUGACCGUCGAAUCAAAGUUAGAGAGAUAGCAGAAGCCGUGGGCAUAUCGAAAGAACGUGUUUGUCAUAUAUUGACUAAAGAAUUAAACAUAUGUAAGCUAAAUGCGUGUUGGGUGCCGCGCUUGCUCACUGUAGACCAAAAACGCAUUCGAAUGAACAUUUCCAAGACCCUGUUGGAGCGGUUUAAACGAAACGAGUCGGAUUUUUUGAGUCGAUUAAUAACUGUUGAUGAAACUUGGAUCCAUUAUUUCACUUCUGGAACGAAGGAACAAUCAAACCGGUGGACUGCGAAGGAUGAACCUGCUCUGAAGAAGACGAAUAUAAUUUCAUCGGCCGAAAAGGUGAUAGCGACUUUUUUUUGGGACAGUCAUGGAAUUGUGUUCAUCGACUAUCUUGAAAAAGGUAAAACAAUAACGGGGGUAUACUAUGCAUCAUUAAUUGACAAGCUAAAGACAGAAAUUGCAAAAAAACGGCCACAUUUGAAGAAAAAGAAAGUGCUGUUCCAUCAAGAUAACACACCGGCUCACACUUCGGUGGUCGCCAUGGCAAAAAUUCACGAAUUGCAGUUCGAAUUGAUUGACCACCCACCAUAUUCACCAGAUCUGGCUCCUAGCAACUUUUUCUUAUUUCCUAGACUUAAAGUUUGGCUCAGGAAACAAAAAUUUUCGUCGAACAAGGAGAUCAUCGCAUUUGUAGAAGCCUAUUUUGCAAAGCAAGACGCCAACUAUUAUUUGAAUGGGUUAAAGGAGUGGAAGCAUCGCUGGAAAAAGUGUAUUGAUUUAAAAGGAGAUUAUGUUGAAAAAUAAAGCUGAAUUUGAUUGAAAAAA